AUGAUUCAACUUGCCUCGUUUACUACCGACGCCGCCAUGUGUACCGUCAAGUCAAGCGACAAUAAUGCUCUGACCAAGUCAUUGCGAUCGUCGUGUGACAGGUGCCGCGCCCAAAAGCUACGUUGCGUCUCUUCCUCCGACCCUUCUGGCCCUUGUCAACGUUGCCUCCGGGGCAAGGAGCCUAAAUCCUGCACCUUCAGUCGACGAGGCCAAACAGGAAAACCCGCUGGCUCGGGGAGAGGAUCGGAUCACCGCCAGGACCCACAGAGAGAAACCCAUACCUCAACGAAGUUCAUACCUGGAAUGAACACGUUCACACUUUCAAGCCUAUCAUCGCCGGAGCCGUCAUCUGUCGAGAAGAGUCGCACAGAAACAACAACAACAACAACAGCAAGCGACAAAAACCGGAAUCUGGAGUCAGAUACCUUUUUAGACAGCCUCUGGAGCGACGAAUACACUACGUUUAUUGAUCCGGCGCUACCAUCCCAUAUAAAUACGUCCCCACUUGUGCACGGACUCAGUCACACGGAGGAGUGCGAUAUGUACGACUCGAAAAAGACAACGGGCAUGCAGGGAGACCCGAGCUUUCAAUUAGACCUCGCCGAAUUUCUCGACGUCCAGCAAAUGCUUGCUACUCCCCCCUACACGUCGUCAGGGGUAGACAAUUAUGCAAAUAUGGACAUGGAUGUGGGAAUUCUGGAAGAGGAAACACCCGGUCUUUUGGUCGAUCUUUCCAGCCUGCUGGGGAAACUGGCAAGCUACGAAAAAGAACUAGCGGAGUUGUACGGCAGCACGCUAGACAACUAUCCAAUAGGCGACGCAUUGUAUCUUUCCCAGCGCUUUCACGCUAUCCUGAUCAAUCACGGCCGCGUUCUUACCUUCGAUCAUGUAUCCGACACCGACAUGCCGACGCGACUCCUUUCGCUCUCCUGCUAUAUCUUAAUAACGCGCAUCUACCGGACGAUAUUCAAAUAUCUUUACACUCAAUUGUCACAACUCCCAGCAGCGUUUUCAACGCAGAAUUUGGGCGCAUCGUCUUGUUUGAUGGAUAACAACAUGAAUGCAUACCAGGGUUUGCGUCUGGGUCAGCUGCAAUCGAUAUCUGUUGGGUGGGAACCAGCCAUGCGCAUCAGGAAAGCCAUGUCCGUGCUCCUUAAUUCGCUGAGCCAUACUGAGACAGCGCUCGGGCUACCUGCAACUGUCCGGACCGCUUUGCAUGCGGAAAAGUCCCAGGAAGACACCGAUACGCCGACGACAGGAAGCAUUCCUCUUUUUGAGGAAGGGGGAGUCUUGGCACCAUUGAUUAAUGGAAGGUUACAGAAGAAGCUAAGAGAGCAUGAAAGAGAUCUGCGCGCUAAGGUGGAAGAUGUGGAUGACCUCUUAGAUGGGCUACUGGUACCCAGCAGAUAG